GGAAUCCAAAAGAAAAUCUUGUCUCUUUUCUUUUCUUCUUCUUCUUUAUCUUCCUAUCCAUAUUCUAUAUCAGAAUUUAAUUUCAUAGAACACCCAAACAAUUUUUCUCUUCCAACUUUUUCCUUGUUAACGUUAUCUUAUCCAAAGGGAUUCUGCUUUUCAAUUAGCUGAUGAAUUUAGCUGCGGAGGUGUUGUUGAGUAAAUGAUAGGUGCUUAAAGUGCAGGAAAUGGCGUUGGUAACACAUCCAAUGCAGGGUUCUUAUGCAACAUUUUCAGGAAGGGUUUCCUCAUGGACUAGAGGGUCUAAACUGAAGCAACAUGCGUCAACGCUUCAUAUGUUUGGAAGAACAGAUGGGCGUUUCCAAGUGAAGCGUAAUCUUCGUUUAAGUGUAGGGGCAUGCUUUCAUGGACCCAGAGCUAAAUUUUUAAGAAUUUCAGCAUUUAAAGGGAGUGCUCAAAAUGAUGAAUCACGAAACAGAGCAAAUGGAUCAAACUUUACUAAGAAUUCUGUUAAAAUUUCUUAUGUACCAAAAGAAAGUGGGGAGACCACAGUGGAGUCACCAAAGGUACACAGUGUUCCAGUUUCCUAUACCUCUGAAGCAAAUGAAGGAAUCUCAGGAUCGCCUGCUAUCCACAAACUAUUCAAGAAGUGGUUGAACUUGUUGCGCACACAAUCUUCAAAUGAAGUAGCAGACGAACUUUUGGAUGAAGCAACACCUCCAAACGAGGUACUACACCAAACACAGAUUACACCAAACACUGCUGAGGCCAAGGAAAGUGACAAUAUUCUGAAGGCAAUUUGGAGCAACUUUCUAGGACUGGAUGCAACAAUAAAGACACCCUUGUUAAUUUUCAUCCCGUUAUACCUUGCAGUCAAUGCGAAGUAUGGUGCUGAAGUGUCAAAGGAGUUGACACCUUUGUGGAUUUUGGGACCACUGAUCACUGCAUUCUAUGUCAAGAUGCUCCGUCUGUUGUGGGCUCUCUACGUCUUCACCUUUACGCAGACAGUUAAACAAAUCAAGAACUUGCCGAUGUACUUUUCAGUAACCUCUAGCUAUAUCGCACAAGGGAGGCUCAAAGAAGAUGUAAAAGCUCGCGUAUUCCAACCUAUGAUCGACAUUAAGAACUUAGACUACAAAGAGUUAUCAAAGAAAAAGAUGAAGGAAUUCGAAGUAUGGUUCUUGGAUAAAUACCUUGAUUUUGUGGAGUCCAUAUGGCCCCAUUAUUGCAGGACGAUCAGGUUUUUAAAGAGGGCUAAUCUGAUUUAAAAUUGGUUAUCACACUAGAGGUUUUAGGUGAAGGCAAAGUAUUGAUGUUAUGUUACUUCGGAAAGAAAAGUUUCAAGAAAACCCCUUUUUAGAAUUGGGAUAUACUCAUGUCUUCAAGCAAAACAAGGAUAACGACGAAAUCAGAUUUUUUGGGUUCUAUUAAUUUGUAGGGUAUUCUAUUCUUGCACAAGAUUUCUAUCAUCUUGUUUUCUUUUUGUAUUAUUAUUAUUGUUCUUUGAGGUUCCUUAAGGCCAUAAAAGUGUUUCAUCUCUUAACUGAGUUAUUAAUGAAUGGGCAUUGUAUGUUUAGUUCUACAA